ACUUAUUCCCCGAUCAAAAUAUAAGCGAACGAGCUGAAGAUUAGCAGGGCGCUACUACUUGUACGACACUACCUUCUUUGAUAAAUCUACGGAGUAGUAGUAGUAGUAAUAUUUCCGAAUGGCAGAAGGUAGGUUCACGGACCUCUGAAUUAUUCGAAUGGAGCGAACCAAAUCAACCCCCCCGCCGGUUUUCCGUGAACCGAUCUUUUCCCUUGAAAACCACUUAGUCAAUGUGCUCAGUAUUACCCUUCUCUUUUCUCUCCUACUUUCUCUUGAUAUUUUUCUCUCAUUUGAUCUUCAUCCUUUGGUUUUUGACGUUAUCGAAUGUUUAUAUUAUUCGGUAUGGGGCGUCUUAUGUCUUUUUUUGCUCCCAUAUCUUAAAAAAUGUAUACGCUUAUGCUGCAAAUACGGGACAUGAAUCCGAAAAUGCUCUCGACAACUUUCUGUGAACGGGCCAUCUUUAUCAAUGAUACGUUCAUGUACAUCUGUGUCCUCUUGGCUCUCCUAGUACUUUUUGAUGAUUGGUCUUUCGAAUUGGAUCUUCAUGAUUCUCAUUUGAUUGUCCUCUACAUUAUUAUUUUGCAUUUGGUAUUCGGCCUCAUAGCUUACUUUCUCGGGGAGAUUUUGCAAACAACAUGGACUAUUGAUGGCACAAGAGGGGGCCCUUUCCUCUUGAUUAUCCUAGUUUCUACUGAUUGUUCUGACGAACUUGAUCAUCCUGUUUUUUUUGUUCUUUUCAUGGGCCUCUUCAUUAUUUUUCAUAGGUUCCUGACACCCAAGACGCUAGCUAUUUACCCGAAAAUUAAGGGCAUAAUUUCAGACUUGUUGAAAUUUGUGAGGGGGGAAAACAGGGAAGAAAAACCAUUGGCAGAUUCUGAUUCUACAAACAGCAGGACAUAUCAGAGAGAAUGCAUUACUAAGAAUAUACUUGGUUUAGAGGAUCUUCAACAACAUUGUUGUGGUAGAUGUGAUGCUGCUGCAAAGAGCUUUUGCGCUAUUUGUGAUCCGGGAUUGCACACAACAGAUUCCCUUACUCGGAAGUCAUUCGAAGUACUAGAGAAUCUUAUGCCCUGGGAACAGCUGAGGAAUGCUAUAGACAUAGACCAAGCAAGACAGAUUCAGACACAAAUGUGUCGGAAACUAUUUGAUGCACGUGGGGGCCACCCAAUACAUGUGGACACAUACUUUGGAUGGCUCCGGACACAUCUAUGUUUGAAUUUGUGUGACUCUGUUUGUAUCCAUAGCAUUUUUGGGGAACAGACUAUUGACUUUGUACACAUCGUAUCUGUUCCCGAAAAGAAAAUUGUGACAAUUAAGACAUUUAAGAGAACGUUCAGAACUAUGAGUGCUAGUUUUGAGGAUCACAACCGACAUUGUAGCAGCAGCUGUAAAGGUGCUAGCCUUGGUGGUAAGCGAAUGCAAUUUAUGAAGUUUUGCUUGUGAUCUCACUCUUGUUUAUGAACCAUCUAAUGCUUCUGGCGACGCACAUGAAAUUUACGUUUUCUUACCUACUUAUUGGUGCUCAUGCAGCAGAGCGCAGGGGAUCAAUUUGGUACACAGUGAAGCGCAUAUAUUGGCAACAUGUGAUCCAUUGGUGCCCAUUUCGACGAGUAAAUCACUUUUAUUUUCAUGUCUAUCAAGUCUUCUUCAUUUUUCAUUUUUCUUUUUUAUAGGUAAUAGGUAACAGUAGUGAUUUCUCCCUAACGUGAGUGGCUUCUUGGGGGGGAGGAUUUUGGAGAUCUCGUUGGGUUCGCUACUCGUGCUUCAUUGGUACGUUGCUCAUCGCCUGCUGGUGCAGUGUGGCAGUCGUUGUGGUGCGGCGUUCCAUUUCGGUGAGGUCCCGCCUGCCAACACUGUUGGGUGUUGCCGGUUUUGCCUAACCACGUUGUGGAUCAAGUCAAGUGCCAGGUGGAAGGCUUGGUUUUCUCUGAUGGGCCGAGGCUCUGAUCAGUUGUCUGGUUUGGAGAUGUGGUCCGGUGGCGUGGUGGCUGCAGUUGGAGGAAUUGGUGUGGUGGUUGCUGCUUGUGGUUGGUGGAGGCUGGGAUUGAAGGGGGGCGGCUGUGGUUGCUAGUAGGGUUAGUGUUUUUUUAGGUUAUGGGCUAAACGUACUUGUUUAAAUCUAGCUAGGAGCGAGAGAGAGAGAGUAAACGUACUUGUUUAAAUCUAGGAGAAGAAGCCAGAAAUUACUGAACAUGAGUAACCAUGUGUAAACUAGGAAAAGAAAGACGUGCAAUGCAUAAAAGUCCAGAUUUACUGAUUACCUUACUAAACUAAGAACUGGGUAACAAUGUAGGGGUAUUCUUUAGGAGGGGAAAGACCAGCUGAAGUUAUCAGUUUCUCAAUGGAAGCGACACUUGUUUCAAGGCUUGAAUUCUUAAUCAUGUAUGGCGUUCGACGACUUCGCCGUUCUGCCUUACCAAGUGGAAGUGAGAGUGUGGGGCACAUAGCCUUCUCAUAAAGCGAAUUUGCUGCUACAAACAACAGAUCAUGGGGCAGACAACAUCGGUAUGGCUCUAGUGCAUCUCGUCCUGAGAAGGAAAGAACCAGGGAAACAACAAACUGGGAGGGUAUAGCUUCCCGUGUAAUUACUUUUGAGCAUCUCCAACAACGUUUUGGAAAUAAGCGUGAAGAUGUUGCGAAGAGCCUUGGCAUUAGCGUAUCCACCUUAAAGCGCGUGUGUAGGCAUCAUGGGAUUCAUCGGUGGCCAAAUCGGAUAAGAAACAGAGUGUUGAGACCCCCUGAUCCACAUGGGGAAAAGAAUUCAUCACUCACGUUCAAGACGCUGUCAACAAUUGAGCAAAUCACAGUGGACAACGAAAUGGGUUGUCAAAAUCCGAAGCCAAAUGAGUUUCAACCAGAUUCAUUUGAAGACCUAAACUUCCGGAAUACAGAAAUUGGUUCCAUAGCAGAGAUGCUAAGUGAUUGGGAUUUUCUAGCUUCAGAGGAAGAGCCUUCUCUGGAGGGACAUGUCUCUGGAUCUGUUAACUUGACAGUGGCUGCAUGUUCUGACCCAGCUCCGUGCCAACAUCCCAUGCCGACUUUUCCCGACACGAUGACUACGACGUCCCACAUGAUGCCUCAUCUCGCAGCGAAGGGAGAUAUGAGGUUUGUGACGUUGAAGGUAACAUACGGGAAGAAAAUAAUAAAAUUUCAGUUCCCUCUAAUGUCGGGAAUUAUUGAAUUGAAGGAAGAAGUGAAAAAGAGACUAAAGUUGGAGCUUGAUAGUUUCGACGUUGAGUAUAAAGAUGAGGAUGGGGACUGUAUUUUCUUAGGCUGCGACGAGGACUUGAGGAACCAUCUGCAACUUUUUAGCAAUCAAGUAAUCAGGCUAUUAGUCGUUGAUAGUGAUGCCAAUAUCGCAAAUUUUCGUUGAAGCUGUCGAUCAUUGAAGGGAAAAUUAACCGUAGGUAGGUCUAGUUUUAGAAGUAAAAUGACAUGGUUGUCACCAGUUCCAUGUUCUUUGUGUAAAGGAACAUUUCUUUGUAGUUGGUAAAUCACGUAAAAUCAUUGUCCUGCA